AUGAAGUCGUUUGUCCUCCCUUCGCUGCAGCCGGCUGCAAAGGGGGCCGUGGAGGGCUCGCAGGUGCCGUUGCCGCCGCCGCCGCCGCCAGCCGACCUCGUAGCGGCGCCCUCGAGCCGUUUAUUUCCCGCCAUUGACAGGGGGCGGCGGCUGCAGGAGCUGCGGCGCAUGGAGGCGAAGACGGCGGCGCUGGAGGCGGCGGUGGCGAGGCAGCGGGUGGAGCGGCUCGAGCGACUGGAGUGUAGGGUGCGCGGCGUCAUCUGCGGGCGGGAGCACGAGCGGCGCUACCACCUCCUCUGGCACUACCAGGAGGCGAAGGCAAAGGUGGAGCGGCGGACCGCGGCGACGGAGGCGAAGGCGCUGGCGUUGCAGCGGUCUCUGUACAUGCGGGGCGUCCGCUGGUACGAGGAGCGGGGGCAGCUGCAGCACCUCGAGGCGGCCACGCGGGCGCAGUUGGUGGUUGCGGAGACGGAUUCGCGGCAUCACGUGGCGUCGCUGCUGAAGCUCGCACUGCUCGAGCAUCGCCGCCGUCAGGCGGAGCUGGAGUUGGACACGGCGGCAUGCCUCGCAGAAGACUUCAAGGCAAUACGUGACUGGGAGUCCCGCAUUGCCGCGAUGUCGUUUCGCCCCGCCAAGACAUUUGAGCCCACGACGCAGCUCCGUUCCCCGCGCAACGUUGGCACCGGCGGCUACCGUGGAAGAGCAGACCUCCUCCUGGACUACACCGUCUGUGCGGAGGAACGGAGGGCGCGACGGGAGCUCGCGUCGGAGGAGCGCGUGCUCCGCCAGCCGCUGGAGUGGCAGCACGGUGCGGCACUUCUGCAGUUUGUCGAGGAGGCGCAGGCGAGGGCGGCAAUCGAGGCGGUCUGCCGCUACGGCUGCUGCCAGGCUCGUCUGAGUGCGCUACUGCGGAUUCAGCGGUGGUGGCGCAUGCUCCGUGUGACCGCGUGGAGCGAGCGGAAGCGGCGGCAACUUAAAAAGUGUGUGGCAAAAAAACGGGACCGAAUGACAUCGCGUGACUAUCUGGCUCUGCUUGGCCGGAUGAGGCGACAGGCAGCGGCCGCCGCCCCCAUGUCGGAGGAGGAGCUACACAAAGCCGUGGCGACCAUUGAACAGGCGGCCGAGAGGGCGUAUCAAAACACAUUUGAUUAUUUUAUUUACACCUUGAUGAAUCGUGCAGAAAACUUGCACCAGACGGAGAAACAUGACCUCCGCGAUUACCCACUGAUGGAGGACGAUGGCACGACGAUCGUCCCGCCUGUCUCAAGGCUUAUCCGUGUGCCAUAUCGUCUGUACGUGCGACAACAAACAUUGCAGCCGUAUCCCCACUGGCGAGCGCUGCGGUGGGUGGAAGGGUCCACCUCGUUUAUUCAGCAGGUGCAGCUGCUUGAGAAGUCCGAGGCAGAAGCGCGGGCGCUUCUCUGCGCAAAGAAGGGCGAGGAAUUUCACACACUGCACCUGUACCACGCCGUGCUGCGGCAGGGAGCCUGGGCCUGGCGUUCCCUCUACACCGCGAUUCUCUGCAUUGAGGAGGAGGAAACGGUGUGCCGUGGACUCCUGCACGUCUUUGAGGACAAUUCUCGCGGCGUCCUGGAAGUGGAGGCGGAAGCGUCCGUGUCGAACUGCAUUGCGUCGGAGGAGGGCCGGUGGCGGCUGCUGAAUGACGAGGCAAGACUGCGGCGCGACCUCGCCGCGGAGGAGAGUGACGCCUUUUUCUUCCUUACGGAGGACGAGUGGCGGUGGGGUAAUCUCCUGCGGCUGCGCACAAAACUGCGGGAUGCCUGCGGAAGCAGGCUGCGGUGGCGGAUUGCGCAGAACACCGGUGUGGGUCGGAAGUAUCACUCGCUGGACUCGACAGCGCGCAUCAUUCAGCGCUUCCUCCGCAUGGUGGCCGCCCGCAAGCGGCUUGCGGAGGAGCAGGCGAGCCGAGCCCUGCGGCUGCAGGCGGAGACACAACUCCAGACGACGUCGGCCGCGAUGCUGAAGAUGCUGGAGGUGCAGCACCGCGAGGGGGACACGGAGGAAUUGCGGUGGGCCGCGGCAAUGUGCCCCAGCGGGGACGCUGAUAGCAGCGUGGAGUCUCACUUUGAAACGGCGCUGAACUUGUUCCGCGACUGGUUUGAUGAAAGAGCCCAGGAGCCGAUGGAGCCGCAGUACAAGGCGAUCGUUGCUCGGUUCCUGCAGGCAAACAGGGAGAUAUGUGGGCGCAUGCGAACUUUGUUCGCGGUUACGCGGAACGGGCGCCAGCGGAUUGAGGAGGAGGAGGCGCUGGCGUGGAAUGCGCUUCACCACACCAGCGCCUUCGCCCCCAUCGCAAUCGACGCGCUCGAGCGGCGCGAGGCGGCGCAGCGUGAACGCCUUGAAGGCGACGCCGCGGAGGCGAGAUCGCAUUGGCAUGGGCGAGCCGAAUUUCUUGCCGCCUUGGCAACCUGCACCGCCACCGCUGCAGCCACGGGAAAACAUAAAAAGGCGCCGCUGCGUCCGCCGUGCAUGAGUCUCUUGGAGAGACUUGUGAGCCGCGAGGAUGUACUCCGGAUGCGACUCGCUGUGGAGGAGCGGCGUGAUCGUGGGGAUGCCUUGCUCUCGCUUCACGCCACCCUAUGCAUUAACACGUUGCGGGAGGAGCAGCAAGAGCGGUGGGCGCUGUACAAACGCAUCGACAAGAGCUGGAGCGACCACGCCCCCCUCGGACUGCUGGAGCAGGCGGAGGCGGUGGCGCGGCGCAGUUUGGAGGCGACGGCGCACACGGACUACGGCGUACUGCUGGCCCAUGAGUGUGGCCUUUACGCCCAGCAGGUUCUUUACCGGCAGUUUCUUCGCGGGUGUUUGGCCUUUGAAAGCGAGGCACGUUACUUUGACAGACGGCUGACGGAGCUGCUUUUUCGGCGCGUAGGGCAUCUCGGCCAAAAACUCGACGAGUUGGUGGCCGCGGAGACGUGUGCCAGAGCGCGGGUGGAGCAGCUUGAGGCGACGCACCGUGACGUUUGCCUCUGCCCAGGCGACUGA